AUGAGGCAGAGCCAUGAAUCCAAAAUGUUCUCUUUUCUUUUAAGAUCAGAUUGUGUAGAGAUUCUCAAGAAAUGUGGAGACCAGAAUAAAUUCCCUGAAGACCACACGGCUGAAAGUAUCUGUGAGUUUCUGUCCCCUGCAGAUGACCUGGAGAACUGUAUACCUCUGGAUCCGUACCUCAGGCCAAGUGCUUUAGGUAACAUCAUAGAAGAGGUGACUCAUCCCUGUAAUCCAAAUCCUUGCCCAGCCAAUGAGCUCUGUGAAGUGAACCGAAAGGGGUGUCCGUCUGGAGAUCCCUGCCUUCCGUAUUCGUGUGUUCAAGGCUGCAAACUGGGAGAAGCUUCUGACUUCAUUGUCCGCCAGGGGACACUGAUCCAGGUGCCAUCCUCUGCAGGGGAAGUUGGUUGUUACAAGAUCUGUUCCUGUGGACAAAGUGGCCUCUUGGAAAACUGUAUGGAAAUGCACUGUAUUGACCUCCAAAAGUCUUGUAUUGUUGGAGGAAAAAGAAAAAGUGAUUCUCGAGCAUGCUCGCGUUUGGUCUCACUGCAGUGUGAGCUUGGUUGUCUGCACUUUGCACAAAGAUAUUAGAUGAGUCUUACUGAAGAGUACAGUCUGCACAUCAUAUCUCCAGGACAGGACUUCUCAAUCUUUAAAGAAUACUGAGGGAGUGUUGGGGGAAAGUUUUGUUUGAAAUAGGAUCUUGUGAUGUACCCCAGACUAGCCUCAAGCUCACGACAUAGCCCAGGUUGACUUUGAGUAUACAGAAAUCUUCCUGUCUCUGUCUCCCGAGUGAUAGGAUUACAGUCAGAACCACCACAAGCAGCAAGUACUAGAACUUCUAAAGAGCCCUCUUGGAAGCCUCCUAAGAAGGGCCUGCUUAUGAAUCUCCGUGAGCUCUGACUGUGUGCCAAGCAUGAUGCCAAGUCUUACCUCACAUUAUCUCUUUUAGUCAUCUGAGUUUCUCCUUGUAUAGGUAUUGUUACUAUUACCACCUCUCUUAGUUAAGGUUUCACUGCUGUGAGCAGACACCAUGACCAAGGCUACUCUUAUAAGGACAUCAUACAUUUGGGGCUAGCUUACAGGUUC